AUGGACAACAUCUGCAUGGGCAACCUCUGCAUGGACAACCUCUGCAUGGACAACCUCUGCAUGGACAACAUCUGCAUGGACAACCUCUGCAUGGACAACCUCUGCAUGGACAACCUCUGCAUGGACAACAUCUGCAUGGACAACUUCUGUACGGACAACAUCUGCAUGGACAACCUCUGCAUGGACAACUUCUGUAUGGACAACUUCUGUAUGGACAACAUCUGCAUGGACAACCUCUGCAUGGACAAUCUCUGCAUGGACAACCUCUGCAUGGACAACCUCUGCAUGGACAACAUCUGCAUGGACAACAUCUGUAUGGACAACAUCUGUAUGGACAACAUCUGCAUGGACAACAUCUGCAUGGACAACCUCUGUAUGGACAACCUCUGCAUGGACAACAUCUGCAUGGACAACAUCUGCAUGGACAACCUCUGCAUGGACAACAUCUGCAUGGACAACAUCUGUAUGGACAACUCCUGUGCCUCUGUUUGUGCAGCUGGCUGGAAGAUUUUCCCAAUGUUCAGUUGCCUAUUGGACACGGUACCUGUGGGUCACAAGAGAUUGGCAAGGAUGCAGCAACUUGCAGGAGACUCUGCUUCCCCCAUUUCCACCCCAGCAGUUGAAUGA